AUGCACUCAUUUUCUAAGCAAUUUCAUGGGCUUCAUAAAACCUCACUCUCCUAUUAUUCUCAUCUAAUAGAUCACUGUUUGUCACUAAAGUCUUUAAAUUUUGCCAAAGUUAUACAUGCCCAGUUGAUAAAAGUGGGGUUUAACAGCCAUACUUUUCUGGGUAACCGUUGCCUCGAUGUUUACUUUCGGUUUGGUAACACCCUGUACGAUGCAUUGAAAGUGUUUGAUGAGAUUACCGAUAAGAAUAUUGUGUCUUGGAACAUUUGCUUGAAAGGGUUCUGUCGAUUUGGUGAGCUUCAAAGGGCACACAAUAUGUUCGCUGAAAUGCCUGUUAGAGAUGUAGUUAGUUGGAACUCGAUGAUUUCAGGUUGUGUUUCAGGUGGGUUUUUUGAUAAUGCAUUCUGCCUUUUCUCAAAAAUGCAAAUCGCGGGUAUGAGACCAAGUGAGUACACAUUCUCAAUUGUAACGUCGCUUGUGACGUGUUCUUGUCAUGGUAAGCAAAUUCAUGGUGGUAUGAUUAGGAAUGGUAUGAAUUUAUCAAAUUUGAUACUCGGGAAUUCUUUGAUUGACAUGUAUGGAAAGCUCGGAUGUGUGGAUUAUGCUUUUGGUGUGUUUUUCGCUAUGGAGGAGGUGGAUAUUAUCUCAUGGAAUUCUUUGAUAUCGGGUUGUCAUAGAUCAGGGUAUGCAGAGCUGGCACUAGAUCAGUUCUUUCAGAUGAGAAGCACCAAGCAUUCACCUGAUGAGUUUACAAUAUCAUCUGUUAUCAAUGUUUGUUGUAACUUGCCUAAUUUGGAAAAGGGUAAGCAAAUAUUUGCUUUCUGCUUGAAGGUGGGAUUCUUAUCUAAUAGCAUUGUAUCAAGUGCUGCUAUUGAUCUGUUCUCCAAGUGCAACAGAUUGGAGGAUGCAAUCCGGCUCUUUGAAGAACUAGAUUGGUGGGAUUCAGCUGUUUGCAAUUCCAUGAUUUCAAGCUAUGCACGGCAUGACUGUGUGGAGGAUGCUGUGCAACUUUUUGUGUUGACCUUGAGGGAGAACCUGAGGCCAACCGAGUUUACACUGAGCAGUUUGCUUAAUUCUGCGCCCAUUUUUCUUCCAGCAGAGUUGGGUAGCCAGAUGCAUUCUUUGGUUGUUAAGUUAGGUUUUGAGUCAGAUCCAAUUGUUGCUAGUUCACUUAUUGAUUUUUACAGUAAAGUUGGAUUAAUAGAUUAUGCCAUGAAAAUCUUUGCAAAUGUGGGUGUGAAAGAUUUGACAUCUUGGAACACGAUGAUUAUGGGCAUGGCUCACAAUGGUAAAGUAUUUGAGGCCCUGAACAUUUUCGAGGAAUUGAUUAGUGAAGGCAUUGCACCAGAUAAAUUAACACUAGCAGGAGUUUUAUUCGCUUGCAACCUUGGGGGUUUAGUUGAUGAGGGAAUGACAAUGUUUUUAUCCAUGGGGGAGGAAUAUGGAAUCGUACCUCAGGACGAGCACUAUAUGUCCAUAGUGGAUUUGUUGAGUAGUACUGGUAAACUCAAAGAAGCAAUAGAUAUAGUAGCAGAAAUGCCUUACGAACCUAGUUCCAUGAUAUGGGAAUCGAUUCUUCGUGCUUGUGUGAUUCAUGGAGACUUUAAACUCACUGAAACAGUUGCACAGAGGAUGAUGCAGUCGGAAGCACAGUCAUCUCUACCUUAUUUAGUGCUCGCUCGAGCAUAUGAAAUGCGAGGAAGAUGGGAAAGUAUGAUUCGAGUCAGGAAAGCCAUGAAACUUAAAGGUGUGAGGAAUGUGAUCGGAUGUAGUAAAAUUGGGAUACAGAACCAUGUAUAUACUUUUAAGGCAGACCAAUUACAGCCUCACAGAGGUAAGGAUAUUUAUUUGAUAUUGAGAUUACUGUGUUGGGAAAUGGAAGCUGAAGAUUAUACUGACAAUUUAACAAAGUAGUGCUAAGAGGAGAAGAAUGAAGAAAAGCAGCAGAGUAAGAGUUCAUUUUGUUCCUAUUAUUUUAUAUAGUUAAAGAAUAUAUUUUUUCCAAUCUCAUUUAACCAUAGUUAUAUAAAUUGUUUUGGAAUGCCAAAUUUGUACUGCUAGAGUUGUGCUGAUAUGUUA